AUGUUUCCCGAGACGGAAGGUUUCAUACUUGCCAUUCAGGAUCAGAUUAUUCCAACUAGAAAUUACCUGAAGUAUAUUGUCAAAGAUCCUCAGUCCAAAAGGACAAAUGCCGAUAUGGAUGUCAAGACCAAGAAUCCAUCAAACAUCUUACCGGGGGCUGCCAGGCGUUUGUCUGAACUGAGUAUAAAGAACGCCAUGACUCAGGAGUUCCAGAGUUCGAGAGGUUUUGGCCUCGACAGAAAAAAUGUUGCAGGAAUUGGAGGAAUUAAACCAAAAACACUUGAAGAAAGAAAGAUAUAUACCAUUAAGGAACAUAUAAAAGACAAAGUGAAGGAAUUAGAAGACAAUAAAGCUGAAUUCGCAAGUACAUUGGCAGCGCGUGAAUCCCAGAUUCAGGAAGUAUCUACCACCCUAACAAAUAAAGCUCAAGAAAUUGAGAAUCUUAAGAAAGAGAUUGGUGCUCUUGUAGAAAAGUACGAGUUGAGUAAUAAAGAAGUAGUAGCUUCCCAUACACAAGAAAUUACAGCUCGACAUGAGAAAAUACGACAUCUUGAAAGUGAAAUUUUACAAAAGGAUCAAAAUAUUAAGUUUCAUGUAGAUGCAAGUAACGAACAUCAAGAAAAUCUUAAUCGAAAAGAUUUAGAUUUGAUAAAAAUAAGAUCUGAGUUGGAAGAAAGUCAAAAAACAUCUUCAGUGAUGAUUGCAAGUUUAAAGAAUCAAAUCGAAGGCCUACAGAACGAUAACAAACAACAGCAAAGUAGAAACAAUGAACUACAAACGGAACUUCAAAAUAGAGAACAAUUAAAUGUGACUAUAAAUACAGAAAUAGGCAAAGCAGCUGAAAAUCUAGCAGUUUUAGUGGAGCAAGUAAAACAAAAAGAUGACUUAAUAGAAUCUCUACGGUCAGACGUAACAUCCAGAGAAAUAGAGUUAGAAAAUGUGCUAGCUACUAAUCUAAAGGCUUUGUCAGAGAAAAAUGAAGCCGAAAGGCGGAUUAGAGCAGAAAAAGAGCGAUUGUGUAUGACUAUAGGUCUUAAAAACGAAGAAUUGGAAGAAUUGCAAAAAAGAUUAACAGACAUGUAAUGCGAGAACGAGCAAGUGAUCAAUGAAGUCAACAAUAACGUGACCAAAAAAUUGGAGGAGCUAGAGACGAUAAAACCACAACUUUCGCAAGCUGCGAUUGAUCAUGAAGAUAAGUUAAAGCAAAUCACAGAAGA